CAGGUGACUGCUGGGCAGGGAGCAGAGGGCUGGGGGUUUCACUGAAGCCGGGUCGGAGGUCCUGGGAGAAGAAGUUUUUCCCAGGGACCCCACCCCAGAGCAUGGGCUCCCCAACUCCCAUCCUUGCCUGAGGCUGCCUGUAGUCAUGGCAACAGGGAUUUAGGAUUUUGUGGGCAGCACAGGCCCAGGACAGAAGGGGCCCUUGGAGGGGUUCAGGGUGGGCGUCCCUGCCUGUCUGAGCUAAGAAGGGGAGACUGAAGUAGCAGGAAGGCCCCAGACACAGUGUUUCUGGCACGUCUAUGCCAGGCCGGCCAGGGUUCUAGAAGCCCACAGAACCCAUGUGGUUCUGGCUCUCUGACCUUUCCAGCUGCAGCGCUGACAGCUUCCUCCUGCUUUAGACUCAGAGUCCCGAGCUGGCUGGCCCACCCCGUGGUCAGGGAGGACAGAAUCCGGCUUCCCACCACCCUUUCUGUCAGCUGGUGAUGCCGGCCAGGUGGAGGCCUCUGGUCCUCACGGAGCCCUGGUCUUCCCCAGGAGGCAGUGCCUGUCACCUGCCCUUCCUGCCCGGGACUGCAGGGUCACUGCCGCCAUCCAGUGCCCAGGUUCUGGGCAGGUCCCUCUACACAGCGCUCAUUGCGUCUGGUCGCCCGAGCCCUCAUCCUCUCCUCGCUAGGACACAGCGUAGAGCACUCGCUGACCUCACCAUGCCGGUUGCUGCCACCAACUCUGAGUCUGCCAUGCAGCAAGUCCUGGACAACCUGGGGUCUCUGCCCAGCGCCACCGGGGCCGCGGAGCUGGACCUGAUCUUCCUGCGUGGCAUCAUGGAAAGCCCUAUCGUCAGGUCCUUGGCCAAGGGCAGCACCGAGGAGCCCUUCGUGUCUUCCCGUCUGUUUGGCUGCCUGCAUGCUGUCCUCGGUGUCUGCCUGGGGAGCGUGGUGACGCUGGCCGGUCUCAAGGCCUCUGACUCAUGCACGAUGCUGCUGUCCCUGGCCAUCCAUCCCCAGGGAGCACGCAGCAGCCCCUGAGCCUCAGGGUCCCCUGUUUCCAGAGCCGUGUCAGGGUUGGGUGCAUCAGUGACAUUAUCUUGGGGUCACCCUGGCUCUGAUCUUUGCACAAGAGGCUCAUGGGGUGGCACAAGCACGGAUUCAGGGUUCUCCAGACCCCAACAAAGGGGCCUGCUCAGCAGCUCUGCAGAUAGAGGAUUGCUGCCCGCUCUGCCAUCCAUCCAUCCAUCCAUCCGUCAUUUAUCUCUUCAACAAAUGUCUCUGUGUAUCCACCGGGUAUGAGGAGGCUCUGAGCUGGGGGCAGCAGUGACCUCAGUGCUCUGCUCUCUGCUGGUGGCCCCAAGUCUGUCCUCCUCUGGGUCCCACAGUCCUGGAGCUCAGCACAACCUGGCUAACAUCACUUGUGUGCUCUCAGGCUAAUGUAAACUGCACUGGCCAUAAACUAGCCCAGGGGCCAUGGGAGUGUGGCCGUGAGGGCAGGAGCCUCAAGCGGAUGGACCCGGCUGAGCCCACGGCCGCGGAUGGGCCAUCAGGAGGAUGUAGGACCUUUGACCUCAGGGGGCUUCUUCCUGCUCUGUUCCCUGGCUGCUGUGAGGUGAGCAGAUUCCCUUCCACCUCCACACAGGCAGAGCCGACCGUGGACUGAAAGUUCUGAAACCGUGAGCUGGAAUAAACGGCUCUUCCUCUGAGCCGUGGGCUUUAGCCAUCCGUUCCCCGCAGCAUUCACGAGCUGACUGUAGGGCGUCGGAGGCUAAGCGCCGAGAGGGGACAGAGGCAGCAGGGACGAGAGCCGGGGAAGUGGAGUCUGGUGGGCAGACAGCAGGGUUGACCCGGAAGCAGCAGGUGCUCCAGGAGCUCCAGGAACCCGAGGCAGGAGACGCCCGGGAUGGUCACCCGUUGCCAGUGGGGUCCGUGAGGGCCCUGUGUGAGCCUGAAUCUUGUGUGGAUGAAAGCACAAGAGCACAGGCUCGCUGUCUGCGUACUUUCGCCCUCUCUGAGCCCUGCCAUUUCCCUGACAAGCAGGGAGGAGGAGCCCGAGCCCUGUGGGGAUGGUGGGGGCUGGGCGUAAGCUUUCACGUGGUCCCGAGCUCCUCCGUGGCCUGAGGCCACGGGCUCCAGUGUGGCUCUGGCCCAUGGGAGGUGGCGGGAGCUGGCUGAGCGGCGCCCAAGGAGCGUGAGGGUCUGGUGGUCGCAGGGACAGGGACUGAGGGAACUGUCCAGGCAGAGGCACCGCCCGGUCUUCUGUGUCCCCACCCUGGUUGGUGGUGACCCUGUGGGGCCUGGCUGCGGCUCUGUCUGCUGGAUGGCGAUGACCCUGUUUCUCUCUCCUCGCUGCUGUCACUGCCAAGGGGGCAGCUCUGGCCCCUCGUGGUGGUCUCCCAAGUAAGGGGGUGCUGGGUCCCAGGCCCUGCUGGGACCGUCCGCUGAGGGUCCAAAGCACUCAGCCUCGGGCAGGCGCCUGCUUUUAGAUCCCACGUGGUCUCUGUAGACUGAAGUGUGCGCCCGGGCACCCGUCUUCUGCCCAGGCAGAGGGGUGGGAUGGGUUUGGCACCGAGCUGGACCCUGGAGAAAGCCUCAGGCUGGACUCACUCCAGCUCAGUCAAAGGAAUAGACAAAGGGGCCUGGGACGUAGAGCCGGGUCCCCUCCGGCACGGCCCGGCUGCAGAUCUUCGCAGCCAGCUGAGGCUCUGCCCUGGGUCUGCCCUUGGCCCCCAGCACAGAAGGGAAAGGAGGGCUGGAAAACCGCACAGCUACGCAGUGACUCUCCAGACCCCGCUCCCCGAGCAGAGGAGCCACAAGGGCAGCUGACUUGCGGGGCCAUCAGGGAGGAAGCAGACCAGGCGACUGAAGAAACAGAAGGUGCUGAUCAGUGCGCCUAACGAAGGCGCAGAUAAGAAACAAUGGAGCUGGGCUGGGGACGUAGCUCAGUGGCACCGCGCCUGCCUGGUAAGUGCAGGCCCUGAGUUCGAUUCCUGGAACUGAAAAGAAGAACUAACCAAAACCGUUCGAAACAAGAACAACAACUUUCUUAAAUACGGUCCUCAAGGAGGAGCCCCACAGAAAUCCCAAGGCGAGAAUGCUUCGCGGGCCUGUGGCGGGGGGCGGGUGUGUCAGGCCCGGGAGGUGACCGCGAGCCCGAGGCCUUGGGAGCAAUAGGAGAGGAGCAGCGUUUGACCCCCUUUUCGGGGAUGUGGGGGAGAGCGAGCGGAGACAGCUGCUGGCGCAUGUGGAAGAGCAGUGGGCCUGCGGGAAUCGGACGGGGGGAGCUUUCCACAAGCAGUGAGCGAGGCCUACAGAGCCCCGAGCGGCCGUGAGCAGAAAAGAACCCUGACGGCCACCAUCCUGGAGACCCAGAAACAAGCAGAGAGCCCGGCGUGGUGUGCGUGCAGGUUUUCCAGCACUAGGGAGGCUGAGGCAAGAGGGAUGCCUGGCACGACCCCGUCUCAGAAACCAAAACAAGGGCCGGGGAUUUAGCUCGGUGGUGCCGCCACCUUCCCAGGGCAAGGUCCCGAGUUGGA